UUAAAAGCCCGCGCUCGCCGUUUCUCCUCAGCGUCUCAGCUCCUUGGUGUCUCCUCUCGAGCUCCUUCUGCUCCAGGUCUGCAGCCAUGUGCUCCCGCCAGGACAAGGACCAGCGCUACCAGCAGGAACGGCCCUGCUGCCAGGGGAGCAGCGGAGGAUCUGGAUGCCACGGGAGCAGCGGAUCUGGAUGCCACAGGAGCAGCGGAUCUGGCUGCCACGGGAGCAGUGGCGGAUCCAGCUGCCACGGGAGCAGCGGAGGAUCUGGAUGCCACGGGAGCAGUGGCGGAUCCGGCUGCCACAGGAGCAGCGGGUCCGGCUGCCACGGGAGCAGCGGAUCCGGGUGCCACGGGAGCAGUGGCGGAUCCGGUUGCCAUGGGAGCAGCGGGUCCGGAUGCCACGGGACAUCGGAGGAGUGCCAGCAGCAAAUCUACCAAGUAUCCUCCAGGAUGAAGUGACGGCGCCAUCCGCUGCAGGUGAUCCAUGGAGAUGUCCUGGAUCCUGCGCCGCGUUCCGAAAGCUUUGCAAAUUUCCCAGCAAUUUCCCAGGAAAAUGUGUCCCUCCCCUUCCUUCCCCUCCCCUGGCAAAUCCUGUAACCUGUCCUGAGCUGCUCUGUGGAUGCUGAAAUAAAC